GCGGCCCUUGCGGUGGCGGUUUGGGGUGGGCGCCGCCAAGGUGAGGGGGUCUCGCCUCCCGCAAGCUGGUAGACUGAUUGUUCCAUUAUGGAUGGAGGGGAUGAUGGUAACCUUGUUAUCAAAAAGAGGUUUGUGUCUGGGGCAGAAUUAGAUGAAUGGCGCAAAAGGAGGCAAGAAGAAUGGGAGAAAGUUCGAAAACCUGAAGAUCCAGAAGAAUGCCCAGAGGAGGUUUAUGACCCUCGGUCUCUAAAUGAAAGGCUACAGGAACAGAAAGAUAGGAAGCAGCAGGAGUAUGAAGAACAGUUCAAAUUCAAAAACAUGGUAAGAGGCUUAGACGAAGAUGAGACCAACUUCCUUGAUGAGGUUUCUCGGCAGCAGGAACUAAUAGAAAAGCAGCGAAGAGAAGAACUGAAAGAACUGAAGGAAUACGGAAGUAAUCUCAACAAGGUUGGAAUUUCUCAAGAAAACAAGAAGGAAGUGGAGAAGAAAGUGGCUGGGAAACCCACAGAAACGAAGACCAAGUUCUCCCAGGCAAAGCUGUUGGCAGGAGCUGUGAAGCAUAAGAGCUCAGAGAGUGGCAACGGUGUGAAAAGACUGAAAUCGGACCCUGACCCAGAUGACAAGAAUCAAGAAGCCCCGUCCUGCGUGUCUCUUGGAAUCACAUCUCCGAGUGGUCCCUCCAUCCACUGCCCCUCCGCUGCCAUCUGUAUCGGCAUCCUCCCAGGUUUGGGCGCCUACUCUGGGAGCAGCGACUCUGAGUCCAGCUCAGACAGCGAAGGCACCAUCAACGCCACCGGCAAGAUGGUCUCCUCCAUCUUCGGAACCAACACCUUCCUCGAGGCCCCCUAG